GCGGGAGCCCGGGCCAGCUCGGGGUUGGCCGUGUUGUGGCUUCUGAACGUCACUAGAAAACUAGGCAACGUCUGUUUUGACUAAAGGACUGGGGGCCCAGUGCUCUAGCAGAGGGGACUUCCACACGCUCCAUCACCAUGCCCAAUUUCUCUGGCAACUGGAAGAUCAUUCGGUCGGACAACUUUGAGGAUUUGCUCAAAGUGCUAGGUGUAAACAUGAUGUUGAGGAAGAUUGCUGUGGCCGCUGCAUCCAAACCAGCAGUGGAGAUCAAACAGGAAGGAGACACUUUCUAUAUCAAAACCUCUACCACGGUGCGCACCACCGAGAUUAACUUCAAGGUUGGGGAGGAGUUUGAGGAGCAGACUGUGGAUGGGAGACCCUGUAAGAGCUUGGUGAAAUGGGAGAGUGAGAACAAAAUGGUCUGUGAGCAGAAGCUUCUGAAGGGAGAGGGCCCCAAGACCUCCUGGACCAGAGAACUCACCAAUGAUGGAGAGCUGAUCCUGACCAUGACAGCAGAUGACGUUGUGUGCACCAGAGUCUACAUCCGAGAGUGAGUGGCUAGGGCCCAAGAGCUGCCUGAGCCACCACUUCCUUUACUCCUCCUGCUUCACAGCCACAGGCUGCCACCUUCCUCCUGCAUCCUCCUGCUAGGCUAGCUUGCUCCUUACCCUAUCACUUCCAAAGGUUGUUGGGAUGCCUCUUGCAGGUUCUUUAACACUUCCUCCUCCCCCUAUGCCAACAAAGGAAGGAGUGCAAGAGUCCAGAUCCCCUUCACUCCCCCCAUCCCAGCCAGCAGUCCCUCAGAUGAGCCCCCAGUUGACUCUGUUUCCAUGCCGACAUCUGAGGGCUGAAUGACAAAGACUGGCUCUAUGCUUCCACUUUUUGUCCUAUAGAUUUUGCAGUUUAGAAUAUUUAUUUGUUAAUUUUAUUAAAAUGUUUUAAAAAUUAAAA